UCCCGCCCCCUCCACCCUCAUAAAAGCACCCCCAAGGCCCUGCCUGGGUCAGUGUCUCAGCCACAGCGGCUUCACCAUGCACAGCUGGGAGCGCCUUGCAGUUCUGGUCCUCCUAGGAGCGGCCGCCUGCGCGGCGCAGCCCCGUGGUCGGAUCCUGGGCGGCAGAGAGGCCGAGGCGCACGCGCGGCCCUACAUGGCGUCGGUGCAGGUGAACGGCGCGCACCUGUGCGGCGGCGUCCUGGUGGCGGAGCAGUGGGUGCUGAGCGCGGCGCACUGCCUGGAGGACGCGGCCGAUGGGAAGGUGCAGGUUCUCCUGGGCGCGCACUCCCUGUCGCAGCCGGAGCCCUCCAAGCGCCUGUACGACGUGCUCCGCGCAGUGCCCCACCCGGACAGCCGGCCCGACACCAUCGACCACGACCUCCUGCUGCUACAGCUGUCGGAGAAGGCCACGCUGGGCCCUGCGGUGCGCCCCUUGCCCUGGCAGCGCGUGGACCACGACGUGGCGCCGGGAACUCUCUGCGACGUGGCCGGCUGGGGCAUAGUCAACCACGCGGGCCGCCGCCCCGACCGCCUGCAGCACGUGCUCUUGCCAGUGCUGGACCGCGCCACCUGCAACCGGCGCACGCACCACGACGGCGCCAUCACCGAGCGCAUGAUGUGCGCGGAGAGCAACCGCCGGGACAGCUGCAAGGGCGACUCCGGGGGCCCGCUGGUGUGCGGGGGCGUGCUCGAGGGCGUGGUCACCUCGGGCUCGCGCGUUUGCGGCAACCGCAAGAAGCCCGGGAUCUACACGCGCGUGGCGAGCUAUGCGGCCUGGAUCGACAGCGUCCUGGCCUAGGGUGCCAGGGCCUGAAGGUCGGCAUCACCCAACCAACAAAGUCCCGAGCACUAAAGUCAUCCACUCCUA